AUGACUUCAAAUUCAAUCCUUGAUAGUUACCAAUACAAUCAAUGCAAAGAGCGCCACACCAAUUUAAAAAAAGCCAAGAGUUGUAGAGCUCAAUGCUUUAAGAACUGUCAUAGAAAACAUAAUGAUAUCCAAACAUCACAGACCACGCCUGUUCCUGGACAAGUCAGUGUUGUUUUUAACACUGUCUCGAACAACACUAUUGACAGAGAGCGUGCUGAUGCAAUCGAAGAUCAGAUCAUGGAUACAUUCAACAGCAAAGAUAACAAUGAUUUAAUUAUGAAUAUCUUCAGUAAUGAUGAUAAUGAUGAGUCUAUAUAUGAUGCAGAACUUGGCAACAACAUGGAUAUCAUUGAAAACAAAACAUGUCCUUUGGUUUUUGACUUCAGUCAGCCUGCACCUACCUCUGACAAAGACGAUGCAAAGAACCUUGAGUUUCUCAAGAUCAUUAAGGAUUUUGAUAUCUCCUGCAAUGCCCAUGAAAUGAUAGUCAAGCAUUUCAACAGCAUUUUGGAAACGUCGACUUGUAUUACAUACAGAGCAUAUACUCCUCAUCUCGGCAAAAAGCUUUUGAAGUGUUUCUCUGGUGUUGAAGAGACAGUUCAUGAUAUCUGUCAGAGGGGAUGUAUGCUCUUUACCAGUCCAUCCCAGAGUGAGUGCUCCAACUGUAGACAAAGUCGGUACAAAACAAGACGUGGAGAAACCAAGGGUGGUGAUCUGGUUCCUACUGCCAUGAUGAUACAGCUUCCAUUGGCAAGACAACUGGCUCUUGCGUUAGCCAAUGAGAAUAUAAGAGCAGAUAUGCAUUACCACCAUAAUCAUGAGUCGAGCUUGGAUGGAAGUAAAACCAAUGUGUUUGAUGGCCAGGUUUACCAGCAAGCAAAACAUCUGUUUUCCAGAAAAGAUGACAUUGCAAUUUCGUUGGCUGUUGAUAGAUUCACGCCACACAAUGUUCCUGGUUCUGUAACGAUCCUUCAUGCCACCAUUCUUAAUCUGAAUCCCAUGGUUCAGUAUGAGAGAAGCAGAAUGCUCCAGAUCGCAAUGAUUCCAGGUCCAGGCGCACCUGCCAAUUUCUGGUUGUUCAUGGAAUCAACGAUGAAAGAGCUCCUGGUGUUGGAGAGCAAAGGGAUGGUCAUCAAGACACCAAACGAGACCAUUCGUGCAAGCAAAGUUGGCAUGUCAUUCUGGACAUAUGAGCAAAGACGGUUGCCAUAUCUGUUAUGUUGUCAGCCAAUGUCCCAAGCACGGACAAUAUUUCAGAACUUUGCCCAGCACCAAUAUUUGUAUGCUGGAAAGUUUCCAGAAUUUUUCCCAGGCCAGUGUAUCCAGCCGCAAAGGGUUAAACAGACAAUCCCCCCAGCAACAUUGAAGGUAUUCUCUGGACCAUUGUUUUUUGUCCUCGAUGAGAUGUAUGGACUUUGCCAUGGAAUAAGCAAGCAGGUCUGGGGUUUGGUUUCUGGUACCUAUGGAACAGACCAUUGUUUUGCUCUUUCUUCUGGUGUUUGGAAGGAGAUUGGUACAGCAAUGGAUGUAUACAAGAACCCUGGGUCGUUCAAGGCUGUUGAUUGGGCAGACUUUCUUCUGUUCGUCGUCCCUACACUGGUGGCAGAGCGUAUUGGAGAUGCAACUGCUUGGAAUGCGUUACUUGGCUUGGUUCAAGCAUGUAACCUACUCAUGAGCUGGGAGUUAUUAGCAGAGAAACAAACCUCUAUCAAAAGGUAUAUUUUAAACAUGUACCUGAAAUUUCUGCUUACAAGUGGAAAAAUCAAAAUCAAUAUUUUCACUAUAAACCAGCAUCUUCUUCAGCACUAUCCUCUCAUAAUUGACGCAUAUGGCCCACCUCAUACAUAUAGCGCCAGAUCCAUGGAACGGGCAAUUGGUGAAUACUCAAGGGCUAUUAAGAGUAAUUCUGCUAUAAAUGUUAACACUGGCAAUAUCAUGCUUGGCUUAGCACAAAUACACUGA